UGUAAGAAACCAGGGAGGAUACAGAAAAGAGGAGAUCAUAUACUAACAAUAAUAAUGUGACUAUUUUCAGGUACCAGAAACAGUAGAACACUUGAUAGUUCACUGCGGGAAAUACUCAUCAGAUAGAAAGGACAUGCUGGAGGAAUAUGAGAAAAUCGGGGCUACUCAGUAUCUGUAAAGGACAUAUGUGGGAAAAGUGGACAAGGCAGGAAGUACCUGGUCAGCUUCAUCAAGAGGGCAGGCUUAACUGGAAAUAACUCCAGAAGAGGGCAGUAAUGCAACAUUAAGAAUGCAAGCUGCCGUUAAAACCCCAAAAGAAGAAGAAGAAGAAGAAGAAGAAGAAGAAGAAGAAGAAGAAGCAGAAGAAGCAGAAGAAGCAGAAGAAGCAGCAGCAGCAGCAGCAGCAGCAGCAGCACGGCUAAUUCAUGGCUGAAUUAGACAUUGGGAAACAUUGUCAGAUCGAUUCCUGCAAUCAGAAAGAUUUCCUUCCAUUUGUUUGUUAUUCCUGCAGUGGUGUUUUCUGUACAUCCCUUUGUCUCUCACAGCCUAGCGCACAGAAGCAGAGAGGACCACUCAUGUUCAGAGGACUCAGUAAAUAGAGAGCGAAUGGAACCAAGGCUUACUGGUGGCAGUACAAGUUAUCCAUGCUCAUUUGAAGACUGCAGAAGAAAAGAGUUGUUACCAGUGAUAUGUCCGCAGUGUGAAAAACAUUUCUGUUUGGUACAUCGUCAUCAGGAUGAUCACAAGUGUGAGAAGUUGGAGGUCCAAAAGCCUCGAAUGGCAGCCACUAAAGAGCUGGUGCAAAAGAUUGUGGAGUCAAAGAAUGGAUCCAAAAGUAAAAGAAGUAAAGGAGCAAAGAACAGUGCAACCGCAGCUACGGUAGCAUUAAUGAAACUGAAACUGCAUGCUGCAGGAGACAAGGGAGUACCACAGACAGAGAGAACCUAUUUUCAGGUUUAUCUCCCUAAAGAAUCUAAGGACUCCAGCCAACCCAUGUUCUUCUGUUCUAAAUGGAGUGUGGGAAAAGUGGUGGAUUAUGCAGCCUCGCUAGCUAGCCUCAAGAACAACAAUAAUGUACUAACAGCUAAGAAGUUGCGGUUAUGCAACCCUCAGACAGGCGAGGCUUUGCGGAUGGAUGACACCCUGCUCACGCUACUGGCUCACCUAGAAACUCCCCUGUACAAUGGGGGUAACCUGAUCCUGGAGUACCUUGACAAUGAGUGCAGAAGCCUGGGGGAUGUGUCUGACUAUAUCACCCGGACAUGACAAACCAACAGAUUUCUGAAUGCAAUUUGUAUUUCUGUCAAUAAAAUUUACCUUUGAAAUAUUGAA